AUGGCUUUGACAAGGUCAGCAACGCGAAGCACCGGUGCUACGCCGGAGGCUGCGCAACAGACCACCGCCGCAGCCCAAACGAAGGCGGCUGCCACAAGCAGGAAGAGGAGUCAGAAGAGCCCCGACUCAGCAGCAGAGCCCGCUCAGAAGAAGCCCCGUGCUACGAAGGCGAAGACGGCCAAGGCUGCGGCACCCACUGCCUCAGACGCAAAGACGUCACUAGCAGCGCCCAAUACCGCCGUGCCCACCCCAAUUCCCAACGCGGAGGGCGAAGAGCUCGUUCCAGCCGUGCUCACCUUCUCCUUUGAAGAGGCAAGGCGGCACCUCGUUCGCGUGGAUCCGCGCUUCGAAGAUGUGUUUCGAAGAGUCAAGUGCAGACCGUUUGAGCAUCUCGAACGCGUCGAUCCCUUCCGACUGACAGUUGGUGCACGAGCCAGGGGCCAACAGAUAUCAUGGAAAGCCGCGGCAUCUAUAACACAUAAAUUCGUGCGCCUAUUUGACCCAUCUCUUCCGGAGAGUCUUGCGGAUUCCAAGUCUAACUUCUUCCCAUCCGCACAUCAAGUUAUCACCAAGGAUAUCACGACUUUGCGCAGCGCUGGACUUAGCGGCCGGAAGGCAGAAUAUGUCCUGGACCUUGCUGGGCGGUUCGCCGACGGCCGCCUGUCGACGAGGAAGUUGCUUCUUGCCGAUGACGAGGAGUUGUACAAGAUGUUGAUAGAAGUGCGCGGCAUCGGAAGAGUGAUCGACAUGUUCGCGAUGUUCUCGCUGCGGCGGCCGGAUAUCCUUCCUGUCGGCAAGUCUUCUCGCUGUAUGAUGAAGUUUCGCAUUUUGACGCUCGUCUAUAUCGAUUCAGGGGACCUGGGCGUGCAAAAGGGCAUGUUGCGCUGGUUCGCAGCGGACGACGGUGGCUCGGAAAACCCGCUCCCUGCGCCGUUCACGCCGUCGAUCGCCCAGACGCUAAACAUGAAGACGACGACCACCGAGGACGGCGGGAAAUACACGCCCCCGCCCUUGCCGGAGGGCCUGACUGUCGCAGUGAUGAAGAACAGGCUGAGCGGGAAGAAGGUUAAGGGUGCGCUGCUGACCCCGAAGGAGAUGGAAGACCUCGCGGAAUGCUGGCAGCCAUAUCGCAGCCUCGGCGUAUAUUACAUGUGGGCCCUGGCGGAGGAGCCGAAGUAA